AUGUUCUUCACUAUGCCUAUGACACCCAUUAUUUGGCUCAAUCUUCUGCUUUGCAUCAUCUCUGAGAAAAAUAAAACUUUCCCUAUAAUUAACCUCGAUACAAGUGAUGAAAUUGUCACAUGUACUGCUCAUUCUGGCACCUCAGAUAGCUUUGAUAUCUUCGAUUACAACAAUUUUGAGCCAUUGUUUGGCUCAGAAUUUCUAUCCGAUCCUUCGCAGUUGAUUGAUUUCGAUCAGUUGAAUGAAAUUGAGGAUAUAAGCAGUAAAGAAUCGAAACCCGAGAUCACAAAUGCUCCUCAUCCUGGCUUUUUAGAUAGCUAUGAUUUGUUGGACCACACUAAUUUGGACUCAUCACUUGGUUCAUAUACAGAUUCAAAUAGGAAUGUGUGGAGAGAUGCUAAUGGAGAAUUAGAAACGAAUGAUGAUAUACUGCGAUAUAGAGAUGCUCAAAGUGAAACUUCUUCGGCACUUAAUGUCAACACCGAUGACAUUAUCACAUGUAUGUACUUACCUGGUUCACAACAAAAUGCGGUUCCGAUCUAUUUUCACCAACUUACUCUUUCCUCAGACGGCACAUCCGGUCAACACGGAAAUGCUGAACAGAGCAACAUGGACAAUAAGCACUUCUCGGAUAACUUGAAUGUCCCCAAGUACAGGGGAAAUACCAAUGAAGGAUCAGAAACAAAUAAGAGAAAUUAUACUUGUCAUUAUCGUGGGUGUACUAUGAUCACGGAAAACUACAAAGAAUAUAUAACACACAGAAAAACACACGGUCAACCCUUCAUCUAUGAAUGCAAAGUGCCCGGUUGUGGGCGAAUAUUUGACUAUGAAUCAUCAUUUUAUAAUCACAUACAGACGCAUGAACCUCGUCCUCAGUGCGAGGAUUGUGGCACAUUUCUCGUCAACAGGAAUGCACUGCGAAAACACAAGAGGCUCUGCCAAACAAAAUCUCACGAACGAAGCUACGAAUGCCUUUAUCCCGGAUGUGCUGUGAUCGCAAAAAGUUACAAAGAAUAUGUAACACAUAGGAAAACACACGCUCAGCCCUUCAUCUAUGAAUGCAAAGUGGCCGGUUGUGGACGAACAUUCAACUAUAAAUCAUCAUUUCGUAGUCACAAGCAAACGCAUGAAUCUAAUCCUCAGUGCGAGUGCUGUGGCAAAUUCUUCGCUAGCGUGAAUAUUCUACGUAGGCAUAAGAAGUGCUGCCAAACAAAUUCUCGUGAGGAAAAUUAUGAAUGUCUCUAUCCCGGAUGCACUAUGGUCACGAAAAAUUACAACGAAUAUGUAACACAUAGGAAAACGCAUCAACCCUUCACCUAUGAAUGUAGAGUGCCCGGUUGUGGGCGGACAUUUGACCACAAAGCAUCAUUUUGCAAUCACAAGCAAACGCAUGAACCUCAUCCUCAGUGCGAGUACUGUAACAAAUUCUUCACCUGCAAGAGUGGACUACAAAAUCACAAAAGGCGUUGCCAAACAAAGUCUUGUGAACGAAAAAGCUACGAAUGCCUUUAUCCCGGUUGUGCUGUGAUCGCAAAAAGUUACAAAGAAUAUGUAACACAUAGGAAAACACACGGUCAGCCCUUCAUCUAUGAAUGCAAAGUGCCCGGUUGUGGACGAACAUUCAACUAUAAAUCAUCACUUUACAGUCACAAGAAAACGCAUGAGCCUCGUCCUCGGUGUGAAUGCUUGGCAAAUUCUUUUACCGUAUGA